AUGACCAAGAUCAAAGUUACAAACCCCAUUGUGGAAAUGGACGGGGACGAGCAGACGCGGAUCAUCUGGCAUCUGAUCCGCGAAAAGCUGAUUUUGCCCUUUCUGGACGUGGACCUCAAGUAUUACGAUCUGUCGAUCGAGAACCGUGAUGCGACGGACGACGGCGUCACGGUGGAGUCUGCGGAGGCGACUCUCAAGUACGGGGUGGCGGUGAAAUGCGCUACAAUCACUCCGGACGAGGCGCGUGUCGAAGAGUUUGGGCUCAAAAAGAUGUGGAAAUCGCCCAACGGGACCAUCCGUAACGUGCUGGGCGGGACCGUGUUCCGGGAGCCCAUUGUGAUCCCCCGGAUCCCUCGUUUGAUCCCACAAUGGAAGCAACCCAUCGUAAUUGGCAGGCACGCGUUUGGAGAUCAGUACAAGGCUACAGACGUGGUAAUCUCGGGCGCCGGGCAGCUCAGACUGGUCUUCGAGUCUGCUGACGGCUUGCACGACAUCGAUGAGAGCGUGUACGAAUUUCCCCCAGGCGGCGGUGUCGCGCUCUCUAUGUACAACACUACGGAGUCGAUCCAAGGAUUCGCCAAGGCCAGUUUCGAGCUCGCGCUCCAACGCAAAAUGCCCCUCUACUCCACUACUAAGAACACCAUUUUGAAGAAGUACGACGGUAAGUUCAAGGACAUCUUCGAGGAAAUGUACGCUCGCGAGUACCAGAAGGAUUUCGAGGCGGCGGGCAUUUGGUACGAGCACCGUCUUAUUGACGAUAUGGUUGCGCAGAUGCUAAAGUCCAGCGGCGGGUUCAUCAUCGCCAUGAAAAACUACGAUGGUGACGUGGAAUCCGACAUUGUCGCGCAAGGUUUUGGGUCCCUGGGGCUCAUGACCUCGGUGCUGGUCACCCCAGACGGCAAGACUUUUGAGAGUGAAGCGGCCCACGGCACCGUCACCAGACAUUACAGGUUGCAUCAACAGGGCAAGGAGACGUCAACCAACUCCAUUGCGUCAAUUUUCGCCUGGUCAAGGGGCAUCAUUCAACGUGGAAAAAUUGACAACACCCAGGAUGUCGUCAAGUUUGGUGAAUUGCUAGAGCACGCGACCGUAAAUACUGUCCAAGAAGACGGUAUUAUGACGAAGGACUUGGCGCUGAUGCUUGGCAAGACGGACCGCUCCAGUUAUGUCACUACCGAGGAGUUUAUCGACGCGGUGGAACAGCGUCUUAAAAAAGACUUCGGGACUGAAACCUAA